AUGAACUCGGACGGGGCAGCGAAGGGCUCACCAGGCAGUGCAGGGGGAGGCGUGGUUAUUCAUGAUCACAGGGGUGUUUGUGUUUUAGUCUCAGCUCUCGCGGCUAAUUUUGGAAGGUGUCAUUCCUUUAGGGCUCAAAUAACGACACUGGAUCAAGGACGGGAGCGUGCUCGUGACCUCCAAAUAACAAGUUGGGAAGUCAAGGUGGUUCAUGUUUAUCGUCAAGGUAAUCGCGUGGCAGAUUGGCUUGCUAAUCAUGGCAUGACUCAACCUCAAAGGACUUUGGUUCUUGAGGAUAUUCCUAUAACUCUUACUAGAAUUUUAGAUGAGGACAAUAGAGAUGUAGCUUUUCCACGCUUUAUUCCUCAUUAG